ACUUGUUUUGUGUUUAUUCAAACAUAAAUAAGCUUGUAAUAUGGCCACCGGGCUAGUAUUAGGAGCGCAGGCGCAAGCACGCGUAGCACCCGGUCUGCUGGCCUGCUCACUGCGAUGUCCAGCACGUCUUCAAGGCGUCAGCAGGCGUCAUUCACGUCGUCUUGUAGCUUCUAUUUCGGCUGCCACAGCACCGCAGGGGCAGGGGCAGGUGCUGCUCGUCGCGGAGUCUUCGCAAGCGAAAGGCUGCGUGCCCUGCUAUCGGGAUCCUACGCAGCCACCGUGCUGGAUUCCACCACUUAUUGUCAUCGGGCUGGCGACGCUGUUCUCCGCGGUCAUCCUUAAAAACCGCAAGCGCAAGCCGGCCGUGACGGAGACGGAUGAGCUUCAGCCUAUUCCUCCCAGCCCUCAGCAAGACCCGCGCAGCUACCAGCGGGCGCUAGCUCGGACGCGUCAAGCGGCAGCGGUCACGAAGGCAAUCGCAUUCCUCAAAACUGGCGAGCCCGCACGUGCGUACAUGGAGCUGGGGAAGGCGCUCGCGGAGAACAGCAUCUGCCGCUCGCCACUGCUGGAUGGGGCAAUCACUAAGGCGGAGCUCGUGGAGCUGUACAAGCUGCACCUGCAGAAUGCCGAGGUGCCGCCCAACUUCGCGGUGCUGCUGCAGCUGCAGGAGAUGCUGGGCAUUGGGCAGGAGGAGGCGGAGAAGAUUGAGCUGGACCUGAUGCAGACGCCCGGGGCCUUCAGCAUCUGAGCGGCGCAGGAGGGCAGAGCGGGCAGCGCAGCGGGGUGACAGCUGGCGCUGAGUAGGCGUGUGUGGCUGGACAGGUAUAGGGUGCUGGCGGAGACGGAUGUGCGGAUGGUGCGCAGUUGGCGGUUUGGCCACAAUUUCAUUACUAUGAGGCUGCCCCUGAGCUACUGAAUGGCAGGUGAGCGCAUGUGUAGCAAUCGAGCAAAUUGCCGGGGCAUAGCCGCAUGAGUUGUGACACCUCGAUGGUUUCUAUGGAUAUGAUUUGCCGGCGAUUGACCCGGCCGCUGAGAAUCAACUGGGUGGUCUGGCUGGUCUUGGCGUGUAUGCUGGGCCGCUGACAGCGCUCUCACGCAGGGGCGCUCUCACGUCACCACAUGAGCGCGUGCUGGUGCGACAGGCCGUGGUACCAUUCUGCAUACAGAGAAGUGACAAGGCAUGGCUUCCGGUUGCGCCGGAUGGCAUUAAAGUGUUGGGUCACAAUGGCAGGGACUUGGGCUCUUGUUACUUUGUCACAUGCCUGUGGCCGCCUGACUGCCGGUGGCGAGGCUCAUCGCCGCCACCGUCUUUACGGCGAGUAGACGCUUGAAACGUGACCAUCUGCAAUUCUACAGCGUACGGAUGUCCAAGUGCGGUAUGAACGUAGGAGAGCUCUGGGCGAGAUGGUCAGGCGGCACUUGGCACCGUCUUGACAUGCUGCUGUGCGUGCAACGACGCGGGGGGAGCGGUUGUAAAGUCACUAU